AUGGAAAUGGGAAGUAAUGGUGCAUUAGAAUAUUUGCUCUUUGUUCUUACUGUGCUAAUUAUAUUUCACAACUGUGACGAGUGCACUGCUGAUGGGGGAGAUACUCUCUCUUUGGGUGCCUCGCUAACAGGAAAUCAGACAAUAAUUUCAAAGAACGGAACGUUUGAAUUGGGAUUUUUUAGCCCAAAUGGAACCAGUAAUUGGUACAUUGGCAUCUGGUAUGGCAAAGUGGCAGAAAAGACGGUUGUUUGGGUGGCUAACAGAGAGACUCCCGCAAAGAAGAGGCCCGGCGUUUUGAAGCUGUCCACACAAGGUAGUCUGGAUCUCUUUGACGCAGAGGGUGCGUCUUUUUGGUCGGUCAACGUGUCGGACAAGGCUUCCCGGGCUAUUAUAUUAGAUUCUGGCAAUUUUGUAGUGCUGAGCAGUGACAAUAAAUCUGAGAUUGCUUGGCAGAGCUUUGACCAUCCCGUCGAUACCUGGUUACCUGGAAUGAAGAUAAGCGGAAAGGAAAAGCUUGUCUGUUGGAAUAAUUCAUUGGAUCCAGCUCCGGGGCAUUUUUCCUAUCAGAUGGAUCCAUCAGGGACCAGACAAUUUGUGCUGAGAUGGAACAAUUCUGUACAGUACUGGGAGAGCGGAGCUUGGGACGGCAAACGUUUCAAUCAGAUUCCGGAAAUGACGUUGAAAGGCUCCUUCAGAUACAUCGUUGAAAAUACUACCUCUGAUUUUUAUAUCAGCUAUGAAUUGUCGCCUGCUCUCAAUGUGCUUACACGUUUCGUCCUACACAAAUCCGGAGUAUUUCAAUUAUAUGCUUUGUUUGAUGACACCACAUGGAGUGUGACCUGGUCUCAGCCCAGAGAUGAAUGCACCGUAUAUAAGGUCUGUGGCGCUUACGGAAGCUGCAACUCCAAUAAUGUUCAGUUCUGCAACUGCGUACAAGGCUUCAUUCCCAGAGAUAAUCGUUCCUGGAGUUUGCAAGAUUGGUCCUCAACUGGCUGCGUUCGACAGAGCCCGUUAAACUGCGAUGCCGAAAAUGACAGCACCGACGGAUUCAUCGAUUCCAGAGCAACGUUGGCUGAUAAUCAGGCUUUUUAUAUACCCUGCAACGACGAAGAAAGAUUGCGAGAAAGCGUGCCUCCGCAACUGCUCCUGCACUGCGUUUACUUUCAAUCCGCCUUCAGGAACAUGCGAGAUCUGGUCUGGAGAUUUGCCAAGCAUGCACAAUUCUCCAUUACAAAGUAA